AUAUAUAGUACUAUUACUUUUCCAAUAAUAUGUCUUACCAUGGAAAGAGAGGGGAAGCUAGUUUGUUGACGUAGAAGAAGAAGCUUUCACUUUCAUUCACCAUUUUUCACUACUAAACUUCAUCGACCACAAAUUUAAACAUAUUUUGUCCUAAAUUGAUAUUCAACUAACAUUUAUAUAUUGUAAACUGGUCUUUGUUUUUCUUAUUCUAUGUUAAAUAUAUUUCGUCUUUCUCCUCACAGUCCCUUCUUUCACACUUGAACUACCAAACCACCUUCCUCCAAAUUUCUUUUCCAUCAAAGCCAACAGUAUUUUAUUAACAUUUGCACUCUUGAAAAUCUUGUAUUCACUUCACAUAAUCUUGCAUCAUAACACUGCUUUUGUUACAACACAACAUAAGCUAGUAGUACUUUUUUCCCCUUUUUUUUUUGAAGUGUCUAGUGGUGAAAUUUACAUAUUCGAACCAGCAUACUAGCAUAUAAGAUGAAAUCAUUCACUCUAGGUGAAACCUCUUCUUCUUCCUCUCCUUACAAUUCAAGUUCAACUACAAGGUUAUGCAGCUACCAUGUGUUUUUGAGUUUUAGAGGAGAAGACACAAGAAAAGGUUUCACUGACCAUUUAUGUGCUUCCCUUGAAAGAAAAGGUAUCACAACUUUCAGAGACGACAAAGACCUUGUAAGAGGACAAGUCAUUUCAAAGAAGCUAAUCAAUGCAAUUCAAGAUUCUAUGUUUGCAAUCACUAUUCUCUCACAAGAUUAUGCUUCUUCAACUUGGUGUUUGGAUGAGCUUCAAAUGAUCAUGGAGUGCAGCAAUAACAACCUGCAGGGUCUAGAGGUUUUUCCUGUCUUCUAUGGUGUGGAUCCAUCUGAUGUUAGGCAUCAAAGAGGAAGCUAUGAGGAUGCUUUCAGGAAACAUCAGGAGAGAUUUGGUCAACACAGUGACAAAGUUGAAAGGUGGAGAGAUGCAUUGACACAAGUUGCUAGUUACUCUGGAUGGGAUUCCAAGGAUCAACAUGAGGCAUUACUAGUGGAAAGCAUUGCUCAACACAUACAUAGAAAGUUGGUUCCUAAAUUGCCAUCUUGUACAGAGAAUCUUGUUGGGAUUUCUUCAAAGGUAGAGAAAGUGAGAAAUCUCAUAGGUAUGCGGUUAAACGGGGUUCGCUUUAUCGGCAUAUGGGGUAUGGGUGGCAUAGGCAAGACAACUAUUGCUAGAGCUGUCUAUGAAGCAAUCCAAGGUGAAUUUCAACUCACUUGCUUUCUUGCAAAUGUUAAAGAGACAUCUGAGACAAAUGGUUUGGUUCAAAUACAAAGACAACUUCUUUCUCAUGUUGGUAUAAGUAGGAAUGAUUUUCAUAAUUUGUAUGAUGGGAAAAGGACAAUACAAAACUCAUUAUGCAGAAAAAAGGUUCUCCUUGUUCUUGAUGAUGUGAAUGAAGUAAACCAGUUAGAGAAUUUGGCUGAGAAACAAGAUUGGUUUGGUCCAGGAAGUAGAAUAAUAAUCACAACUAGAGAUAAACACUUGUUAGUAGCACAUGGAGUACAUAAAAUCUAUGAGGUUGGAAUAUUAUUCCAAAAUGAAGCCCUUCAUCUCUUUUGUUUGAAUGCUUUUAAAAGAGAUCAACCACAAGAAGGGUAUUUUGAUUUAUCCAAAGAAGUGGUGGAAUAUACUAGUGGUCUUCCAUUGGCACUUGAGGUUUUAGGUUCACAUCUCUAUGGAAGAAAUGUUGAUGUUUGGCAUAGUGCUAUCAAAAAAUUAAAAAAAAUUCCACACCCAAGAAUUCAAGAUAAACUGAAAAUAAGUUAUGAGAGUUUAGAUACCAUGGAGAAGGAUAUUUUUCUAGAUAUUGCUUUUUACUUCAAGGGAAUGAAGAGGGACGAAGUAAUGGAUAUAUUAGAAAGUUGUGGUUAUUGCCCUCAAAUUGGAAUUGAAAUUUUGAUUGAAAGAUCUUUGAUAACUCUAGAUUCUGUGAAUAAUAAACUUGGAAUGCAUGAUUUGCUUCAAGAAAUGGGCAGGGAUAUUGUAUUUCAGGAAUCUCCAAAUGAUCCUAGUAGACGUAGCAGGUUGUGGUCUAAAGAGGACAUUGAUCAUGUCUUGACAAGAAACAAGGGAACUGAAGCAAUUAACAGCAUAGGUAUGAAAUUACUUCAACCAUAUGAAGCACAUUGGAGCACUGAAGCAUUCUUUAAGACAAGUCAGUUAAAAUUUCUAAGUUUAAAUGAGAUGCACCUUCCCCUUGGCCUCAGUUGCCUUCCUUGUUCAUUAAAAGUUCUUCACUGGAGAGGAUGUCCUUUGAAAACUCUGCCACUAACAACUCAACUUGAUGAAGUAGUUGACAUUAAAUUAUCUCAUAGCAAAAUUCAACAACUUUGGCUAGGAAUAAAGUUUAUAGAAAAGCUCAAGUACUUGAAUUUGGCUUUUUCCAAGAACCUAAAGAGAUUGCCUGAUUUUUCUGGUGUUCCAAAUCUUGAAAAAUUGAUUCUUAAAGGCUGUGAAAGCCUAACUGAGGUUCAUCCAUCCCUUGUACAUCAUAAGAAAGUUGUUUUGAUGAAUUUAGAAGACUGCAAAAGUCUUAAAUCUCUUCCAGGGAAGUUGGAGAUGAGUUCCUUGAAGAAGCUAAAUCUUUCUGGCUGCUAUGAAUUUAAAUUCCUUCCAGAGUUUGGAGAAAGCAUGGAGAAUCUAUCAUUGCUUGCUUUACAAGGAACAGCUAUAACAAAACUACCCUCAUCACUCGGAUGCUUAGUUGGACUUACUGAUUUCAACUUAAAGGACUGCAAAAGUCUUCUUUGUCUUCCAGAUACCAUUCAUGGACUGAAUUCCCUUAUAAUUCUAAAUAUUUCCGGGUGCUCGAAACUCUGUAGAUUGCCGGACGGUUUAAAGGAAAUCAAGUGUUUGAAGGAACUCCAUGCCAAUGAUACUGCUAUUGAUGAACUACCUUCCUCCCUUUUUUAUCUAGAUAGUCUUGAAGUAUUAUCAUUUGCUGGUUCCAAAGGGCCAUUGAACAAGUCAAUGAACUGGUUUGUUCCCUUCAAUUGGAUGUUUGGUGGUCAACCAGCUCCCACUGGAUUCAGAUUUCCAACUUCUGUCUGGAAUCUACCUUCUUUGAGAUGUAUAAAUCUAAGUUACUGUAAUCUUUCUGAAGAAUCAAUUCCGGAAUAUUUUCGCCAUUUAUCGUCGUUGACGUCUUUGGAUCUAACUGGUAACAAUUUUGUUAUCAUACCAAGCAGCAUUUCUAAACUUCCAAGGCUGAAAUUUCUUACUCUAAAUAAGUGCCAAAAGCUUGAAUUGUUGCCAGAGAUUCCGUCAAGUAUGAUACAGUUGAAUGCAAGCAAUUGUGAUUCAAUGGAAACUACCAAAUUUAAUCCAGCAGAGCUAUGUAGUCUCCUUGCAUCACCUAUACAACGGUUUAUUGCUGACGAAUUUUUAAAGAGCUUUAUGAAGGGACUCUGUCUUCCCUCUGCAAGAUUUGACAUGCUUAUCCCUGGGGAAGAAAUUCCAUCUUGGUUUGUUCCUCAAAGAACAGUUUCAUGGGCAAAAAUACAAGUCCCUAAUAAUUUACCUCUAGAUGAAUGGAUAGGAUUUUCUCUAUGUUUCCUAUUAGUGAGUUAUGUUGUCCCACCUGAACUGUGCAACCAUGAGAUUGAGUGUUAUUUGUUUGCACAUAAUGGCAAGCAGUUGGUCAGCACAAGGACAUUACCUCCUAUGGAUCCAUGGUAUCCUCACCUUUAUAUUCUCUACUUGUCUAUUAAUCAAUUUCACGACAAAAUUCUCAAAGACAAUUACUGGACUGACAUUGAAUUUGUAUUGAAAUGUUAUUGCUGUCAGUCAUUGCAAAUAGUGAGGUGUGGUUGCCGUUUGGUAUGUAAGCAAGAUAUUGUAGAUUGGAACAAAGUUAUGAGUCAAUUCAAUGAGAGUUGAAGAUAUUUGGAGAUCAUAUAGUUAGUACUUGACAAUAACAUCAUUCCUUGAUGAACAUGAAGCUGCCAGUAGUAUGAUGUCACCAAUUUGACCAGCAAGAUGCUGCACAAGCAAACAACAAGAAGCUGUAUCAGAUGCAGAAUGAAUCUUAGAUAUUAGAAAGUUUGAAACUUGAUUCAGUGGCUAUUGUUUAAAAAAGCUGGUUAGAUUCAGUUCAAGAUAACCAGCAACUUAGUUUGGUUUAAAUUUGAACUUGAUUUAUUAGACCGUUUGAAUGAUUUAUAAGUUCUGUCUCACGUAAUAUUCCAUCAUAUUUAGGUAAAUUUGAAAUGAACCCUUUUUCUUGUCUUUGUUGUCUUUAAUGACAGAUUUUAUUUUCUAAAUUCUAUACACUUUUCUUUGAUUAGACUACUUGAUGAGCUUUCUUUGAUUAGACUAGUUAUCUCAUCAGCUGAGCUGCUUAUUAUUGUUGAAUAACAUGUUACCACUACUUGAUGAAAA